AUGUCGUCCCCUUCCCCUUCUCUGCGCAAGAGAGGUGGAAAGAAGGAGGCGUACACGGCAGUUCCCUCGGAUGAUUGGUCUUCGCCGUCAGACAAGGCUGUGGGCAAACCGCAGUCGGAAUGGGACUACUGGCUUGCCAUCACUCUUUUGACCGCACUGGCUUUUGUGACUCGAUUCUGGCGCAUCGACUACCCCAAUGAGGUUGUCUUUGAUGAGGUUCACUUUGGAAAGUUCGCUUCGUACUACUUGCAGCGCACCUAUUUCUUCGAUGUGCACCCGCCCUUUGGAAAGCUGCUGUUUGCCUUUAUGGGCUGGCUGAUCGGAUAUGACGGGCAUUUCUUGUUCGAGAACAUCGGUGACUCGUACAUUGACAACCGCGUUCCUUACAUGGCUCUGCGUGGCAUGCCGGCCGCCCUCGGUGCUCUGACAAUCCCGGUGGUGUUUUUGAUCAUGUGGGAGUCGGGAUACUCUUUGCCCGCCUGUGUACUGUCUGCCGGUCUCAUCUUGUUCGACAAUGCCCAUGUCAGCGAGGACCGAUUGAUCCUCCUUGACUCCACCCUCGUGUUGACCAUGGCCCUCAGCGUAUUGUGCUAUAUCCGAUUUUAUAAGUUGCGACACGAGCCGUUUGGCCGCAAGUGGUGGAAGUGGCUCCUCCUGACUGGAUUCUGCAUGAGCUGUGUUAUCUCGACCAAAUACGUCGGUGUCUUCACCUUCGUGACCAUCGGCGCGGCUGUCCUGAUUGACCUGUGGAACCUCCUGGACAUCAACCGCCGCCAGGGAGCGCUCAGUAUGAUCGGCUGGGGCAAGCACUUUGCUGCUCGCACUCUCUCCCUGAUCAUCAUUCCCUUCUUCUUCUACCUCUUCUGGUUCCAGGUUCAUUUCGCCAUCCUGACCCGCUCCGGCCCCGGUGACGAUUUCAUGAGCCCUGAAUUCCAGGAGACCCUGAGCGACAAUAUGAUGACGGCGCAGUCGGUUGGGAUUCAAUACUACGACACCAUUGACAUGCGCCACAAGGACACCCGUGUUUUCCUCCACAGUCACUAUGACCGGUACCCGCUACGCUAUGACGACGGACGCAUCUCCAGCCAAGGCCAGCAGGUGACCGGUUACCCUCACAACGACACCAACAACCACUGGCAGAUCUUGCCGACCAAGGAACUGCCGGAUGAUGGCCAACCACAGAGCGUGCUCAACGGAGAUAUCAUUCAGCUCCGCCACGUGGUGACCGAUACCAUCCUCCUCACGCACGAUGUGGCAUCUCCUCACUACCCGACCAACCAAGAAUUCACUACCGUCGAGCACGCUUUGGCCGACGGCGAGCGCCACAAUGAUACCUUGUUUGAGCUCAGCAUCAAUAAUGGCAAGACUGGCCAGGAAUUCCGUACGCUUGCGAGUUUGUUCAGGCUGAUUCACGUUCCGACUCGCGUGGCCAUGUGGACGCACACGACUCCGCUCCCCGAAUGGGGUUUCAAGCAAGCCGAGAUCAACGGCAACAAGAACGUCCUGCAAUCGAGCAACCAGUGGUUCGCUGAAACCAUUAGCAACCUGGAACCAGAUAGCCCCCGUCUGGUGCGAGAGGAGCGUAAGGUCAAGUCCAUGUCCUUCUUGCGCAAGUACCUCGAGUUGCAGGGUGCUAUGUUCCACCACAACAACGCGCUGACCAGCAGCCACCCCUAUGCCAGCGAGCCCUUUCAGUGGCCGUUCCUGCUGCGGGGUGUGAGUUUCUGGACUAAGAACGAUACCCGGGGCCAGAUCUACUUCCUGGGCAACCCCGUGGGAUGGUGGAUUGCCAGCAGUCUGCUGGCUGUGUUCGCCGGUAUCAUCGGCGCCGACCAGCUCUCGCUCCGCCGUGGGGUGGAUGCGCUGGAGGAAAUCUGGGGUCCGGGUGCUCGUUCCCGCCUGUACAACAGCACCGGGUUCUUGUUCCUGUGCUGGGCCGCCCACUACUUCCCCUUCUGGCUGAUGGGCCGCCAGCGCUUCCUGCACCACUAUCUGCCUUCGCAUCUGGCAUCAACCCUGGUGGCCGCCCCUGGAUCCCCGUACCGCCGCACCCCCGUGGAUGACCCAUCGGGCAAGGCCAAGUCGCUCCGUAGCCUGCGCCGCUUUGUCAAUGCCAAGGAGCGCAUGGGUUGCCGGUCGCUCAUCGCAGGAUGGGUGGCGACCCUGGUCAUCCUGGCCGCUACCAUCUGGAGCUUCUGCUUCUACGCGCCGCUGACCUACGGUACUCCGGGCCUGGAUCCGGCCGGCGUCAAUGCGCGCAAGUGGCUGAACUACGACCUGCACUUUGCCAAAUAA